GCAGCGGAGGUAUUACGUCUGGAUGUGUCAGAGGGAGUCAGGGCGAGUCUUGACUGCAGACAUCGUCGAGUAGCAACCAGGAUGCGCAUCUAUAGGAAAGGAAACCUUCGUAUUUCUCUAAACGAUUUAUCACUGACAAACGUGUGACCUCUCAGGUCAACACACAAGGGAACCCACAAGCUCAUAUCUCAAAAAACUGACGUGACAGACGGAGUUUUGAUUUUGAGUCCGCUCAACAUCGUUCUGCUCUUCAGUCCUUUUAUUCUAAAAUCCAUCCUCAGCCCCGACGUAAACCACUAUGUCCGGGAAGGAGCGCAGCCCCCGCCAUCGGCCGUGGUCGGUCUACCGGGCCAACACGUUUGAUCUCUCAGCUGAGAUGAUGGGGCUGGCUCUCUCGGGCAACAGUCAGGAUCCAGACGAGCCUGUUCUGGAGUUUAGUGUUGCCUGCAGCGAGCUGGUCACUCCCUCUCUGGACCGUAAGCCAACCAGCUUUGUCGCCAUCAGCUGCACCACUCCGCCCCAGGCCUUCUGGACCAAGCACGCUCAAACUGAAAUCAUAGAGGGCACCAGUAACCCUAUCUUCCUGAGUAGUGUGGCGUUCUUUCAGGACUCUCUGAUCACUCAGCAGACUCAGGUCAAACUUUCUGUCUACGAUGUAAAGGACCGCACACAGGGCACGAUGUACAUGCUUGGUUCGUCCAUGUUUUCUGUGAAAGAGCUGCUGCAGGACAAACACCACAGACUGCACCUGACUCUCAGGUCAGCGGAGAACGAGCGCGUGGGGAACAUCACCGUCAUCGCCUGGCAGAUAGAGGAGAACCGCGAGCAGAGAGCUCCUGUUGCAAGACUACAGAGAGGAGACACUGUGAAUGGAAGGAUGGUUCUCCCUGUUGAUGAAAGCUUGACUGAAUCCAUGGGCAUUAAAUCCAAGUCUUCAUCUCUGUGUAAAGACCCACUGCUAAGGGCUGUGUUUGGGGGCGUGAUGUCACGAAUGUACCGGUUCCCCACCACGGACGGCAACCACCUUCGGGUCCUGGAGCAGAUGGCGGAGAGUGCUCUCUCCCUGCAUAUUCCUCGACAGUUUGUCAAGCUGCUGCUGGAGGAAGACGCUGUUAGGGUGUGUGAGCUGGAGGAACUGGGCGAGCUGUCUGCAUGUUGGGAGAACCUCAGGAGGCAGAUCAUCACGCAGUAUCAGACCAUCAUCCUCACCUAUCAGGAGACCAUAAGUGACCUGCACGAAUACAAAGGUCCUUCAUUUAAGUCUAGUACUUUGAAAGCAGAGAGGAAGUUGGAGUUUAUUCCUACUAACCUGCACAUCCAGAGGAUGAGAGUACAGGGAGUGUCUGGCUAUGACCGGACAUACGAUGUUGUGACUAUUGGUGCUCCUGCAGCACAUCAUCAAGGCUUUAAAGGCUGCGGCCUCCGAAAACUGCUGCACAAGCUUGAAGAAGCCAGGAAACACACUUUUGAGGAGGAAAGUUCUGCUGGCUCUGGCUCUAAAGGAAUGGCAUACCAGCCUCAGGAUGUGGUGAAAGCAAAGGAGCUGAUUGGUCAAAUAAACACUCUGAAGACACAAGUGUGUUACUACACUGAACGUCUGUCUCGAGCUGCCAAGGAACGCUCACCCAACGCUCUGGAGAGAACACUGUCCAUCCUAUCAGAGAAAACUCGUCAGUUAGUGACCGCAUGCGACUCCAAGCUGCUGUCCUCAGCCAUCCUCGCCCUGGCAGCCGCCCGGCCAGAGUCCACUCAGCAGAGCACCCCUUCCCCGUCCUCCUCCUCCCUUUCACCCUCCUCUUGUUCCCCAUCGCGUUCCCCCUCCCGCUCCCCCUCCCGCCACCCAACCUCCCCGUCUCGUGCUGCCACCUCGCCUUCUCGCCAUACAGCUCCUCCAGAGGGCAGCGAAGGGAGUAAAAACAAGCGCUCCUCCCUUCAGGGAGAUUUACAGGAGGAGGAGUGGGGGAAGGUUUGGCUAAAUGUUGAUAAGAGCCUGGAGUGUGUGAUCCAGAGGGUGGACAGGCUGCUGCAGCAAGACAGACUCCAGAGCGACAGUAGCUCUGAGGAUGUCUUCCUGCUCGCCAACGAGGAACCGGGUAACACUAAGAAAGAUUGCAGCCCAGAUGUAGGAAAGAAGUCCCCAGGUGAGUGGAGCGACGCUCUGUACCCUCUCCUCACCACGCUGACGGAUUGUGCGUCUCUGAUGAGCGACAAAGCCAAGAAGGCCAUGGUGUUUCUGCUGAUGCAGGACACCGCCCCCACCAUCGCCAUGAGCCUCACCCUGCAGUACCGCCGCGACGUUGUCUUCUGUCAGACGCUGACGCCGCUGAUCUGCGGCUUCAUUAUCAAACUGAGGAACUCUCUCUGUGACUCAGGCUUCCUCAGGCAGCUACACACCAUCGGCUUACUGGUGCAGUAUGAGAGCCUGCUCAGCACCUAUGGUGAGGAGCUGGCCAUGUUGGAGGAUAUGAGCGUCGGAGUGAUGGACCUGAGAAAUGUCACCUUUAAAGUUACCCAGGCAACUUCGGGUUUUGCCCCAGACAUGCUGCCGGUGAUCACAGGAAACAGGAACGGCUUCAACGUCAGGGUCCCGUUGCCCGGGGCGAUGUUCGACACGCUGCCACGAGAGAUCCAGAACGGGAUGCUGCUGCGCGUGCAGCCCGUUCUGUUCAAUGUGGGGAUCAACGAACAGCAGACACUGGCUGAGAAGUUUGGAGACACAUCACUACAAGAUGUGAUCAACAUGGAGAGCAUGACUCGCCUCAGCUCCUACUACGACCAGUUUAAAGAAGUCCUGCCAGACGACUGCCUGCCUCCUUCCCGCAGUACCACCAGUCUUCCCGAGCUGCUGAAACAUCUGAGCCAGGAUGUGAACACCAAGAAAAGCAAGAACGUGGAGAUUUUGUGGCGGGCAGCCGAGGCAUGUCGCCGCCUGAAUGGAGUGCGUUUCACCAGUUGUAAGAGCGCCAAGGACCGCACAGCCAUGUCCCUGACCCUGGAGCAGUGUCAGAUCCUGCAGCAGGAGCACGCCCUCGCCCCACAGGUCUUCUACCAGGCCUUGGACUGUAUGCGCAGUGAGGGCUGCAGGAGAGAGAACACCAUGAAGAAUGUGGGAUGUCGUAAAUACGCCUUUAACUCUCUCCAGCUCAAGGCCUUCCCCAAACAAUAUCGCCCUCCAGAGGGGACGUACGGAAAAGUCGAGACCUAAGUGGACUCUUCUAACUGGAGGAAAACCCAAAGACUGAAGGGGAUAAUGAUGAUAGCACCACACAAACAAAAACACCAAACUGGAACAACAGCCCUUUGUUUUGUGCUUAGUCACUGUUAAGAUGAUUAAUGUCCAAGUGCCAGUGCUACUGUAGAUUGUUUUAUAGUUGUUUCCCCUCUCCUCUAGUAAUACUAAAAUCACACACUUUUCACGGCCACUUCACAGCCAGAAACAGUAAAGAUGGCUUUCUGUGUUACUUUGUAGCCAGUGUGCAGACAACACUGUUUGCUGCUGUACCACUCGUAACAUCAGGAAGCGUUCAGCUGAGUCAUUUGUCCCUAGAAACAGGAUGUGCAAAUGUCUCAGAGAUUAGAAAGAUGAUGUGAGACACGUUUGUCCUUGUCCUUGCUGCUUUUAUGUGAUUUUACCAGUUCAUCAGGUAAAGGAUAAGGCUAUAGAUUCCAUGCAAAGCCCAAAACAAACAAUGAUUUGAUCCUACUGACACUGGCUACUGAUCCAGCUUAUUGCUGUGUGUCAUAGAGCUCGAUUGUUGUUCAAUAACUAUUAAAAAGCACAUCAAUGA